AUGCCCGAAUCAACAAGUCUCACAUUCGAUCUCCUCGCUGAUGAGACCAGACAAUGCUCAGCCAUUGGCGCGGAGGUCCAACUGCCUCCAGGAAUGCCCAUUCUGGAUUUAGAUCGUCUAACCGACAACGACAAAGAUACUCUCCGAAGAGCCCUUUUCGAGAAUCAAGUUAUCGUCAUCAGAAACCAAAAAGGGAUCGACCCCACCGUUCUGCCAAACCUGGCUAAGGUUUUCGAUCCCAAUGCAUCCGACGUCCAUUCUGCCGGAGAGAAAGCCGUGAGCAACCCCAAGAACAUCUUGUCUGCAUACAAAGCAGGCAGAAUCCCUAGAGCUCCGCAAGUUGGAAUCAUUGGGUCAGGAAAGUUCCAAGAUUAUGAGGGUCUGAAGGAGUUGGAGGUGGUGCAUCUUGAUCACACAUUGUUUCAUGAAGAGCCUUUGAGUCAAGAGGACUUAGAUGAUGGAUAUACCCGGCCAUACCGGUGGCACAUGGAUACACCAUUCUAUGAGCGUCUCCCAGGCGAAGUGACUAUUUUGCACUCAAUUCGCAUUCCCAAUGUACCAGAUCAGAAGAUCAAGUUCCCUGAUGGGAAAGAGAAAAUUGUCGGUGCAGGAGCCACUGCAUUCUUCUCCGGCGCUCGCGUCUUCUCUCUCUUGACGACAGAGGAACAAGAAUUUGCCUUGAACACCACGGUCACCUAUGCUCCCCAAGCGUAUGAGUAUAUCCGCCAAUGUAAAGCGUCCAAAGAUGGCCUCACGAUCCCGAAUUUUGGACGCGAGGUACCAGUGGAAAAAUUGUCGGAAUGGGAAUGGGGCAAAGUCGCCGAGCACCCAAUGGUAUGGCGAAACCCGCUCAAUCCCGAUCGGCCAUUCUUCCAGGUGCAUGGUUGUUGCGUUUACAAGCUCACCACGCGCAACCCAGCGACGGGCGAGAUCACGGUGAUGGAUGAUGUUGAGAAGGUGAGAGAAAUUGUGUAUAAGAUGCAGAGCAAGAUAUAUGCCGCGGAGAACAUUUAUGCGCACCGUUGGCAAGAGGGUGAUGUUGUUAUCUUCCACAACCGGGGCGUCAUGCACAGUAUUACUGGCCAAUUAGCCAAGUACAAGGAGGAAGAAGACAAGAGGAGGCUGCUCUGGCAAUGCACAAUGACAAGCACAACUCCCCCUAAGCCCUUCCGGGAUUACGAGGGAGUCAACGACACGGGGUACGUGAGGACAUGA